AUGACGACCUACAAUACCGCCAAACCCAAAUUUGUAGAAGUGAAAGGCACUGUUCUCGCAUACCUUGAUUUUGGUUCAACUGCUAAAAGCAACGUUCCCUUGGUCUUUCUGCAACACUUCAGAGGAACCUUCGACCACUGGGAUCCUGAAUUGAUCAAUCCCAUUGCCGCUGUCCGACGUGUGAUCCUCGUCGAUAAUUCCGGAGUUGGGAAAAGCAACGGUAGCGUUCCUGCUACAUAUGAGGGCUGGGCACAGAACAUCAUCGAUGUUAUUCAAGCACUGGGGAUUCCCCAAAUCGACUUACUUGGAUUUUCCAUGGGCGGCUUUGUCGCUCAGAUGGUCACAUUGAAUGCUCCGUCUCUCGUCCGUCGACUCAUAUUGGCGGGCACAGGCCCGAGUGCUGGUGAAGGUGUCGAAGCCGGUGAUCCCUCAGCUCUCCAACGCUUGGCAGAAGCAGCGACUGAAACUGAGUCCUACAACGCAUUCCUUUCCGCAUUUUACUCUUUGUCAGAAAAGAAGCAACAACUCGGGGCCAAGUGGUGGCAUCGAAUGAAUGGAGCCAGGGUAGAUCGUUCACCUUAUCUUGGGCCUGAAGGCACUAAGAUCCAGAUCGGUGCAGUUGUGCGGUGGGCUAAUCGUGAAUUUUCGAAUGAAGGCAGCUAUGAUCGCCUUCAUGAAAUCAAAAUUCCAGUGCUCGUAGCGAACGGCGAUCAUGACAUUCUUAUACCUUCAGUAAACAGCUACGUUUUGUUCAAGAAAUUAGUCAAUGCGGAUGCCCAUCUACAUUUCUUUCCGGACACUGGCCAUGGCUUCCUCAAUGAGUAUGCUGAUCAGUUCUCUAAGCUGAUCAACAUUUUCUUGGACGCUUAA